GAUGAGUGGGCUGGAGAGGUGUGGCAAGGAGACGCCAUCGUGAUGUAAACAUUGGGAACAAAGAGGUGACUGCCCCUUCCCGUCUUCUUAUUUGACCUGAUUUGACCGCUCACGCUCCUCCUGGACGGUCAAAUUCUCCUCCUGGGGAUGCCAAGGGCCGGAGAAAAGCCGCCCGUCUGUUAUGGCCAGAGGUGGAAGCGUGCCUAGCCAGGAAGACACACCGCACGCCACGCCCACCGCCGCCACCACCAUUACUCGCACCACCACCACCUCCACCAUCACUUCCAUCACCACUACCACCACCGCUCCGACACGUAAGCCCCUCCGUCACUCAGCGUCCUGUGAAAGCACCCGCAGUGAGGAGGGUCGCAAGCGCCACGGGAUCAAGAAGAGUGACUCGCUUGGGGUCGGCAGCAAGUGGCCGUGUCAUGCCUGCCGCUUCCUCAACCUUGCCUCCACCGACCAGUGUGUGAUCUGCGCGCAAUGGAGGACUCGACAGUCGUCCCACCUUGGGUCAGGCCUUCAUCGAUGGUCAUACGUUGGUCCCACAACAGCAACAACAGGUCAGCAGGGAACCCCCAAGGCAGCUUCUAACACCUCAAAAGACAAGUGGAUAUGUCGCAACUGCAAGUUCCUCAAUGUGUGUCAUGCCAGCGAGUGCAUCAUCUGUGGCACAGCGGGUGAGCGCGGCGGCGGUGGGCACUGCCUCCCCUUGGUGCCACGGGAGCUGCUGAGCCCGGCCGGCGCUGGUCAUCAUGGCCCCCCCUCGCGGCAGGCCCUGCAGCGGGUGUUCGCAGCGGCGGCGGCCAUGAGCUCCUCCCCCAGCGUGCUGUCAGCUGCCCCGGCCGUCAAGCUCUCCUGGAAGUGCCAUCGCUGCCGCCACUACAACUCUGCCCACAGCUCCACCUGCUCCUCCUGCGUGAAGCUGGUGGGGCACGGCCAGGGGGCGGGUGGAGGUGGGGGGCUGGUGGGCCUGGCCGCCGCUGUAGCCCCAGUGGAGGAGGUGGAGGGACGCCUCAUGGUGGAGAACAGCCUCUACUUCCUGGGCAACAGUGCCGCUGCCGCUGCCACGGCCCUCGGCUCCCCCGAGGCGGAGUGUAAUCGCUCCCCCAAGAGGCAGGUGCCUUGCGGCCCUCACCUCCGCUGCUCUAAGCUUAGCCGCUCAGAGGCGACUUCGGCCCUGGCCGUCGCCCCACCCCCGCCCCGCCGCUGCCCCGUCCCGGACCUGGACACCAACAAGAACCCCAGCAUCACUGAAGGGGAGGAGGGAGGCGGGGAGGCCUGGGUGUGCAAGCGGUGCACCCUCAGGAACCCACAAGAGUUUGAGUCGUGUGAGGUGUGCGACGCCCCUCGCCGGCCAAACAUACCCACCACACUGCCCCGCCGGCCAGCCGGCCCCACCACCCCAACCCCGGCUGCCGACGUGCUCAAUGGCAACUGUGACCCCAGUGAGAACCACCAGCAGCAACGUCCUGCCCUCAGGAAGUCCAACAGUGACACAACCAACCUGAACGUGGCCGAGUCCCUCGCCAAGUUUGUGGCUGGCCGACUGUCCUCGCCCACCAACCCACCGGCCAUGUCAGGCCCUGCGCAGGCUGGCCCCGAGGGUGGUGAGGCCCUGGAGGUGGCCACUACAGCAAUGAUGGUGGACCUGUCUCGUGCGGCAACCCCGGCAGUGGUUGACCUGACCCGCAAUGCAGCGAGCAAGGCGGCGGCUGCAGCCAGGCAGGGGGAGGAGGAGGAGGAGGAGGAGGAGGAGGAGUUUUCCCUGGCGGAGGCGGACAUGUGGGCGUGUGCCUUCUGCUCUUUCGCCUACAACCCUUCCUGGUCUGAGAGCUGUGACGUGUGCGGCGGUCAGCGGCGGGCUGAGGAGGAGCGUGCGGCGGCGGCGGCAGCUGAACAGGCCAAGAACAGGGAGGUGUUGAGCCAGGGCCUGCAGGAGGACUUUCAGCUGCUGACAACAGACCUGCGGGAGGCCGGCGCUGACUCGCCAGACCAAGCCUGGACGUGCGUUAAGUGCACGCUGGUCAACUCCGGGGCAGAGAACGCCUGUCGUGCCUGCGGGGGCUCGCGGCUGAAGAGCAUCUGCUACGUGGAUGAUGCCACGUUGAAGCGCGGUGAGUGCUGGAGCUGCGUGGUGUGCACCCUCAAGAACCCAAUCUUUGCGCGCCGCUGCAAGGCUUGCAAGGCUCGCGUCGACGGCACUGGCGGCACCAGAGACAAGCUGAGUGCCGAGGCCAAGGCCAGGGACGCUACCCGGCCCAAGUCUGAGCAUCUGACUGGCCCUGGCUGGAGUCUGCCAGCUCAGAAGUCCCCCAGCUUGCAGCGCAUGAGUCUGGAGGCGGCCAGUGAAGGGCUGACGACCCCUGGCCAGGACAAUCAAAACAGUGGGGCUGAGGCAGCAGCAUCAGGAGCAGCGCCGGCAGUACCUUCCCGGGUCAGCAGUAAUGGGGCCAUACCCAAGACACGGCCCACCUCACCUCCAGCCAGUCAGGACUCUGGGGGGGCCAGGGCUGCCUCUCCUGUCACCCCUAACUCCCCGCCGCCCCGCCCUGCCCCGCCCCGCCAAGCACCAUCAUCCUGGAGCUGCGGCGCCUGCACCUUCAGCAACAGUACCUCGGCCGUGUCCUGCUCCAUGUGUGGCUCCUCUCCCACCCUCGGGGAGGUGGAUGGGGCCUGGCCGGGGCCGGGAGCCACUCACCGGGGCCAGUCUGAGCUGAUGGAUGUCCUGCGAGAGAUGGAGGUGCAGGACGCACUGCACCGAUGGACGCGCAUCGUACACUACUGCAAACAGAACCAGCAUCCCUUUGUGGACGACUCCUUCCCUCCGGUGCCUCGGUCGCUGUUCUUCAACGCGACUGACAAAAAUGAGUCUCGCGUCACCCAGUGGCUGCGGCCGCACGAGAUCGUCACAGACUCCUCUGACAACAGGAACGUGAAGUGGGCAGUCUUUCGCACGCCCCUGCCCUCAGACAUAUCACAGGGAGUGCUGGGGAACUGCUGGCUGCUGAGUGCCUUGGCGGUGCUGGCCGAGCGUGACGACCUGGUGAAGAAGAUCAUGGUGACGCGAGACUUCUGUCCUGAAGGAGUGUACCAGGUGCGGCUGUGCAAGGCAGGUCGAUGGGUGACGGUCAUCGUGGACGACCUGCUCCCCUGUGACCGCCACUGCCGCCUGGUGUACUCACAGGCUAAGAGACGCCAGCUUUGGGUGCCACUGAUAGAGAAGGCUGUGGCCAAGGUGCACGGCUGCUAUGAAGCGCUGGUGUCUGGCCGGGCUAUAGAGGGCUUGGCCACCCUCACUGGUGCACCCUGCGAGAGUUUGCCACUCCAGGCAUCGUCAUCACCACAUGAGGAUGACAUCGACGAGGACUUGAUUUGGGCGCAGCUGCUCAGUUCGAGGGCGGCCGGCUUCCUCAUGGGGGCGUCCUGCGGCGGUGGCAACAUGAAGGUCGUGGAUGAGGAGUACAAGAGUCAGGGGCUGCGGCCGAGACACGCAUACUCUGUGCUCGACGUUCAGGAUAUUAACAGCCUGCGACUCCUGCGCCUGCGUAACCCCUGGGGCCACUACUCCUGGAAGGGGGAGUGGUGCGACGAGUCAACCCUCUGGACCACAGAGCUGCGGGAGAAACUCUUGCCACAGGGGGGGAGUGACGGCGUGUUCUGGAUAUCAUUUAUGGACGUGUUGAAGUACUUUGACUGUAUAGACAUCUGCAAGGUGCACAGUCACUGGUCUGAGGUGCGGGUGACUGGCUCGCUGCCCACCCUGGCUGACCGGCGCGCCCUCACACCCACACUCAUAACCGUGCUGGAGCCGACCGAGGUGGAAUUCACACUCUUCCAGGAGGGGCACAGAAAUUCGGAGAACUCACAGCGCUCGCCCCUGGACCUGUGCGUCGUGUUGUUCCGCACCACCGCCACUGCCACGCCCACCGUCGGAGCGCUGGUCAAGCACUCCAAGCGGCAGGUCAGGGGCUUUGUUGGGUGCCACGCCAUGCUUGAGCCAGGUGCCUACAUUGCUGUCUGCCUUGCCUUCAACCACUGGCACACAGGUCUGGAUGUGUCUGACGGCUAUCCUGGCUACGUGUUGGCCAUCCACAGCAGCAAACGGGUAGCCGUGGAGCAGAUCACAGCCCUGCCUUCCCUCCUGGCUGACUCCCUUGUCAACCUGUGCCUGGCCAAGGGGCAGAGGCAUGAGGGUCGCCAGGGCAUGACUGUGUAUUAUCUUACCAAGGGCUGGGCGGGUCUGGUGGUGAUGGUGGAGAACAGGCACCCUGACAAGUGUAUCCAGGUAAUGUGUGACUGCCGGGAGAGCUACAACGUUGUGUCCACUCGCGCCCAGCUUAAGACCGUCGACUCAGUGCCCCCCCUGCACCGACAAGUGAUCAUUGUGCUGACACAACUGGAAAGCAGCGGCGGCUUCAGCAUUGCUCACCGCCUCACCCACCGGCCCUCACACUCGGCUGGUCUGCAUGACUGGGGGCCGCCGGGCACCAACCACGACCCAGCCAUUGAUGGGCUAACCCACGGCCUACACUCGCCUAGACCUAUAUAAGGGUCUACAUAGGCAACACUGAGCUUAUAUAGGCAGUCUGUGAUCAUUGGUCAUCUUUUGAAAUGCACACCCAGACUUGUUAGUAUCAAGGCCACACCAAGCCUGUACUGGCACCUGGUGAUUCCUUCUCUCUUAACAGUGAUCUCCAUAUUCUCCAACAUCUGGGUGUCUUAGUACAUCUAUUUGAGAAGGUUCUCUUGGAAGUGGUAGGGAUGUUCAGGGGUGGUGUCAUGACCCCAGUGGCAGUUUUAUAAGAUUUCCACUCCAUGAGCAGGAAACACUCAUGACAGCUCAACCAAUCUUCUCUGUAGCCUCCGAAAAUAGUUGCGCCAAGAGCCUGAAGUGUUGGGAGUG